CGUAAAGCAAUGUCUGAAGGGUAGUUUCAAGACAUCAAUAAAGGCGGGGACUUACUCCGUGCUUAAAUAUCCGUACCAAAGUAUGAAUAAUCCACGCUCCAUAUACUAGCAUCAGCAGAAAAAAAUAAAAAAUAAAAAUAAAAAUCCAGCUCUUCUGCCAUGGUAGAGAUGGUCUAUGAUAAUUUUAUUAGAGUCCCUGAAAACUGGAAGCGGUCAAGGAGAGCAGAGACGGAAAGGAGAUGGGAUUCUCAUCUUUUUGUGGUGUGUUUGAUAUUGAGUAGUGCAGAGAUUGUUAAUGGAGGAAUAACAAGCAGCUACGUAAGAGAUGCUGAUUUUUCUCUUGAUAUGCCAUUAGACAGUGACGUGUUUAGAGUCCCUCCUGGUUAUAACGCUCCUCAACAGGUUCAUAUAACACAAGGAGACCAUGAAGGGAAGGGUGUGAUUGUGUCCUGGGUUACACAAGAUGAGCCUGGUUCAAAGACAGUGCAUUACUGGGCUGAAAAUAGUGGGCACAAAAAAAUUGCUGAAGGUUUUAUAGUGACGUAUAAAUUCUACAAUUACACUUCUGGUUAUAUUCACCACUGCACCAUUGAGGAUUUGGAGUUUGAUACCAAAUAUUACUAUGAGGUUGGAAUUGGAAACACAACAAGACAGUUCUGGUUUCUUACUCCUCCUAAACCUGGUCCUGAUGUUCCUUACACUUUUGGUCUCAUAGGGGAUCUUGGUCAAACUAGUGAUUCAAACAGGACACUUACCCACUAUGAAUUAAAUCCGGCAAAGGGACAGACAUUGUUGUUUGUCGGUGAUCUGUCUUACGCAAAUGAUUAUCCAUUUCAUGACAACACAAGGUGGGAUACAUGGGGAAGGUUCGUAGAAAGAGUUGCUGCUUAUCAACCUUGGAUUUGGACCGCUGGGAAUCAUGAAAUUGACUAUGCUCCUGAAAUUGGUGAAAGCAAACCAUUUAAGCCUUAUACCCACCGCUAUCAUGUCCCGUAUAUAGCAUCAGGUAGCACAUCUUCUCUGUGGUACUCCAUCAAAAGAGCUUCAACAUACAUCAUUGUCAUGUCCUCCUACUCAGCUUAUGGAAAAUACACUCCUCAGUACUUAUGGCUAAAAAACGAGCUGCCUAAAGUAAACAGGACUGAGACACCAUGGCUUAUUGUUCUUAUGCAUUCUCCAAUGUAUAACAGUUAUGUAAAUCAUUACAUGGAAGGGGAAACCAUGAGAGUAAUGUAUGAGCCCUGGUUUGUGGAGAACAAAGUCGAUAUUGUCUUUGCCGGCCAUGUUCAUGCUUAUGAGCGAUCUUAUCGUAUAUCAAACAUUGCAUAUAGAAUCGUCGCUGGUUCGUGCACUCCCACAAGAGAUGAAUCUGCCCCCAUUUACAUAACCAUUGGUGAUGGAGGAAAUCUAGAAGGAUUAGCGACCAACAUGACAGAACCACGGCCAAGCUACACAGCUUUUCGUGAAGCUAGUUUUGGUCAUGGUAUUCUUGAUAUAAAGAACAGGACCCAUGCAUAUUUCAGCUGGUAUCGUAAUCAAGAUGGGUAUCCUGUAGAAGCUGAUUCUUUAUGGCUGCAGAACAGAUUUUGGAACCCCUUCAAAGCUUCAUCCGUUGCAGCAAUAUGAUGAGAUCCUAAGCUUUGACAAGUUAAUGGCUGAAACAUUACCUAACACAUCUAAUAAACUUGGCUUGACUAUUCUAGUUUCAUUCAGAAUAUUCGAGAAAGCCUUCUCCAUAUAAUUCAAAAUCCUGUGUGAUAUGGACAACCUUGCAGAUAAUAUUUUGACAGUUUUGUAAGCAUGUUUCCUUCAAAACAUAACAACUUUGUCAUACUAGAACAAAAUAUGACAUUGCACUUUGCCA